AGCGCCGAGCGGUUGGUGAGUGCUCGCCAAGUACUCAUGUAAGUGCGAGGAGCCGCUUUUAUUUAAGAAAAGUACUAAAAAUACAAUGUCAGUAAUAAAGCAGUGUCGUGAUAUAUGGCGAUUAGGUGGUAGACGCACAUUCUUUGGCAGCAAAAAAUUUGAUUUGGGAAGCUGCAAUCUCGUAGAACCUGCACAUGUCUCCAUAGAACGAUCUGUUCCAGAACAUAUUGUAAAGCCAGACUAUUAUCAUGUUCGGAACACUCCCAGUUCGGGCGAUGGCUGGCCGGAGAUAAAAACCGCAACUCAGAUUUGUAGCAUGCGAGAGAGCUGUAAGUUAGCCGCCAAUAUAUUAAAAAAUACGUGUGCAAUAACAAAAGUAGGAAUUUCGACUGAUGAUAUUGAUGCUUACGUUCACGAUGAAAUAAUUAAAGCAAAUGCCUAUCCGUCCCCAUUGCGAUAUUUGGGGUUCCCGAAAUCGGUAUGUACAUCGGUAAACAAUGUGGCGUGUCAUGGUAUUCCGGAUAGCCGAAAGCUUAUGGAUGGAGAUAUAAUCAACAUAGACAUUACGGUGUAUUUCAAUGGCUACCACGGUGAUUGUUCUAGGACAGUCCUCGUUGGACAUGUUGACGAAAGAGGUCGUUUUUUAGUUCAGAAUACAGAAGACUGUCUUAACGAAGCAAUAUCGCACUGUAGACCUGGUCAAGCUUUCUGUGUAAUAGGGAAUUCGAUUUCAAAAUUCGCAAAGUCUAGGAAAUUGAACGUGAUGCCGGCGUUUCUUGGACACGGCAUUGGAAGUUACUUUCAUGGACCGCCAAAUGUUUUUCACUUCAGUAACAACUAUCCUGGAGUAAUGCGACCCGGAAUGACAUUUACAAUUGAACCCGUUUUAACGCUGGGUAGCGAAGAAGUAGAACUUCUGGAUGACGGUUGGACUGCUGUAUCUGUUGAUAAUGCUAGAAGUGCGCAGUUUGAGCAUACAAUACUAAUAACUGAAGACGGAUGUGAUGUGCUUACUGUAGCAGCUUAGGUUAGGUUUAAUUAAAAAAGAAUUGUCCUAGUCGUGUAACCAUAAAACCAUGUAUAGUAGCUUAGUACGCAGUUUGUAUAAUAAAAAAAUUUCAAAAUAA